UGUGACAACCAAUCUUCUGGUGGAAUUCCUAAAUCAGCGUUUUUUCUAUAGUCACAUGACUUAAGGAAACGAUGAAGUAUAUAAGUAGGGAACGGGGAAACAUAAAUUACAACGGGUCCAGCUUUUCACCGGCGCGGAAGAAAAGAAAUAAAGGAGGAGAUAUGGACACCGGUAUGGACCAGAAACAUAAUAGCACUAAGGAGUUGUCUGAAGCUUUAAAAGAGGCAACAAAAGAAGUCCACGAGGAAGCCGAGAACACAGCACUAAUGAAGAAAUUCCAGAAAGGGCUAGUCUCAUUAAAUGAAUUCAAGCUAGUUAUGUCCUCCCUAUAUUUUGUUUAUGAAGCUCUAGAGGAGGAGAUUGACAGGAAUAAAGAAAAUUCAGUCUUUGCCCCACUUUAUUUUCCGUUGGAGCUUCAUCGCAAGUAUGCAUUGGAACAGGAUCUUGAGUAUUUGUAUGGACCACAGUGGAAGAACAAGAUAUUGUGUCCACAGUCCACAAAGAAUUAUGUGAACCGGAUUUAUCAUGUUGGCCAAAAGCAGCCAGAGCUGCUAGUAGCCCAUGCAUAUACACGUUACUUGGGUGACCUGUCAGGAGGACAGGUUCUCAAAAAGAUUGCUCAGAAAACCUUGCAACUUCCAGCGACAGGCGAAGGGCUGGCUUUCUUUACGUUUGACCAUGUUUCCAGUGCAACAAAAUUCAAACAACUAUAUCGUUCUCGCAUGAAUUCCAUUGAAAUGGACAUAGGUACCAAGCAACGAGUCUUAGAAGAAGCAAAGACAGCCUUUUUGCUUAAUGUAAAGGUUUUUGAAGAACUGCAGAACUUAUCAGAGUAUAUGAAAACUGAAAUUUCAAUGUUAAGAAACAGAGUACCCAACAGAGUAAAUGGAGACUUCGGUAUCAUGACACAAAGCAGUGAACCAAAGAUCUCCAAACAAAGAAAUUCUAUGUUGUUUCUCCGCUGGACUGUCAUUGCAGGACUUGCACUAGUAACGUUUGUGGGAUUAUAUCUUUUGUAAGAAGAUACAUUUAGCCAUUUUUAAUUAAAUGCUUAACAAAGUAAA